AUGUUCAGAAUUCUUGAUCCAAAGAAUUCCAGCCUACUGCGCAAGAGUAUUUUUUCUUUUCGCCUUCGUUAUAGCUUAGUGCCUUUGUUCAAUACCUACUCCAGAGAGACGUUCUAUAGUUCUAAAAUUAUUAGUGGACAAAAAAGAUACAGCUCGAAAACUUGGUGUGUAAAACAUAACGGUAACGAUGAGAGCUCAAUUUACGCUCUAGAUGUGUUGCGUCAAGACGUCUCCAAAGAACUGAAUAAUAUAUCCGGAAUAGACUGUUCACUAAUAUUCAAUGCACUUGAGUCGACAAAUAAUAUGGAUAGUGGUGAUCUAAUUCUACCUCUCCCAAAAAUAAAAGUGACUAAUCCUGUAACCACUGCGAAUCGAUGGGCCACUGAAUUAGUUACGCAUGGGAGUAUAGGUAAAGUUUGUGCGAAAGGGCCGUUUCUCCAGUUCUUCCUCGACCAAAGAUAUUUGAUGCAGUCGACAGUGCCAACAAUAUUACUUCAAAAGGGAAAGUAUGGUGAAAAAAAGUCUCACCAUCAGAAAAAAGUCGUAGUAGAAUUCUCGUCACCAAAUAUUGCCAAACCGUUUCAUGCAGGCCAUUUAAGAUCGACUAUAAUAGGCGGAUUCCUCUCAAAUCUAUAUGAAGCAAUGGGGUGGUCUGUUACACGUAUGAACUAUUUAGGGGAUUGGGGCAGACAGUUUGGCUUGUUGGCAGUAGGUUUUGAAAGAUAUGGCAACGAAAAAGCGUUAGAAAAGCAGCCAAUCCAGCAUUUAUUUGAGGUUUACGUUCAAAUCAAUAAGGACCUUGUGGAGGAGGAGAAAAACGGGACAUCUCAGUACGGAAUCGGUGGUAAAGCCCGUACUUUCUUCAAAAAGCUAGAAAAUGGAGACCAGAAUGCCAUUAAGAUUUGGAAUAAGUUUCGCUCGUUGUCCAUACAUCAUUAUAUCCAAACUUAUUCACGUUUAAACAUUAACUUUGAUAUAUUUUCUGGUGAAUCACAAGUAUCCAAAAAAUAUAUGAGUGAAGCGUUAAACAUAUUUUACGAGAAUAAUCUUGUUGAAAAAAGGGAUGGAGCGCUUGUUAUCGAUCUAACCCAUUGGUCGAAAAAACUGGGUAAAGUCAUUGUACAAAAGUCAGAUGGAACAACUUUAUACUUGACAAGAGACGUCGGGGCAGCAAUAGAACGCAAAAAGGAUCUGCAAUUUGAUGAAAUGGUAUACGUGAUUUCGUCACAACAAGACCUAUAUAUGUCACAACUUUUUAUGAUACUAAAAAAAAUGAACUUUGAAUGGGCAAAACACCUAAAGCAUGUAAAUUUUGGGAUGGUACAGGGUAUGUCUACAAGGAAAGGAAAUGUCGUAUUCUUAGACACUAUAUUAGAUGAAGCAAGGGAUAAAGCUCUCCAAAUCAUGAAAGGCAACAAAGUAAAAAUAUCUCAAGUAGAUAAUCCACAGCAGGUUGCCGACUUGAUUGGUAUAUCUGCCAUAAUUAUACAAGACAUGAAAUCAAAACGCAUAAACAAUUACGAAUUUAACUGGAAGAGGAUGUUGUCCUUCGAAGGUGAUACAGGGCCGUAUCUUCAAUAUACGCAUUCCAGGCUAAAAUCUCUGGAGAGGAGCUCCAACAACUUUACCACUGAUAUGCUGGUGCGUGCAGAUUUUACAAACUUAGAUGAACCACAACUAGUUGAACUUGUGAGACUGCUGGUACAGUAUCCAGAUGUUCUCAGACGUGCAUUUGAAAUACAAGAGCCUGCUACGGUUGUCACCUAUUUAUUUAAAGUGUGUCACCAGGUCUCUUCAUGUUAUAAAAAAAUAUGGAUAGUCGGGGAACCUUCUCAUAUUGCUAUACCACGGCUUGCCGUAUAUUCGGCAACUAGACAAGUGUUGCACAAUGCAAUGUCUCUUUUAGGAUUAAUUCCAGUCGAUAGAAUGUAA